AUGGCGUCAGUCAAGUCUUUGGGGCUGCACCAGCCUAGCGGCCUCCAGCACACGGCUCAUGAAGAUGCGCCGCCGUCGACAUAUUUUUGGGAGGUCUCCACCGACCCCGACCAUAACGAGUACGGCGAUACGUGCGAAAUCGAGGAUGAGCUGCUGGUCACCAAAAACUGCGUCGUCUGGAGCCGAGGAGGUGUGUUUCGCAAGUCGUACAAGUUUGACCUCGAAAAGGAGCCCGUCACCCAGGCCCUCCUCGCAUCCUUCCCUACGUCCGACCACAACAAGAAGAACGAUGCGAAGAAGAAUUCGACCGAACCCCCAAAGGAGUCUCGCCGGUUGUCUCGAGCAUUAGUCGUCUUCUUGCGCACCCAAGCCCACGUCUAUUUCCUCUCCGGCACGAGCCAUGUCGUCCACAUGCCCUUCGAGGUCGAGGCCGCCUGCGCAGCACCUCAAGGAGUCAUAAUCCAGCGCAAGCAGCGAGGCGACAAUAACGCUCCUGUCUCUCUCAAGUUCCCGAAAGUCCCGCCCAAUUCCUUCGUCUCCUCGCAGAUCACCGUCACCUCUCCUCGAAGCUCGCAGCACACUGUCUUCUCUGUCGAGGGUCUGAACAAGCCAAAAUCCCUGCCUUUGGGACUAGGCUCGACGCUGGGAAACAUGUGGGAGCCGUCAUUGGACCAUCCAGACUCACAUUGGCCGCGCCUAGUAUCCCUGUUAGACCCCUUGCAAGAGUUGGGGCUCGUUGUUACUCGCCCCGAUGGCACUACCCGAGAGAAGAGGAGGAAGAACACGCCAAAGUCGCCCUACUUCCUCGACCCUGCGGAGGAAAUCUUGCACAUCGAGGAGAUCAAGCAUCCCGGUGCACCCAAGACCAAAAAUUCCGAGCCACUUAUACUAGCCGUCACCAUAAACCGGGAGGCCAGUACUUAUGCUGUGUGGAGAGUUACGUACAUCAAAAACGAGGACCCCUUCAUCGGCCGUCUUAAAAAGGACAAGAGCAGAGCAGAGCGUCGUCGUAGUUCCAUGCAACCCCAUUUCGCAAGCGGCGCCUCGACCCCUGUCCAGACGAACUUCCGCGAAAGCUUUGGUGCUCCUCUACCAGGGAAGAGAGCCAGGAAAAGCGAGAAAGUCGAAAAACUUGACAAGGUUGACAAGCCGCUGGAUCUCGUAUCCUCUUUCGACUUGGAUAAGGAGUCGGGCGCUCACAGGAGACAAUCUCGGCGAGUGAGUUCCAUGUUGGCCCGCGCCGACCUCUCUGCCUCUCAGGAGCGUUCUGUCUUCUCGGAACAAGCUCUUGCCCCAGCACAUGGCGGAUCAAAACGGAUCGAGUCCUACGGUAGCCAAGGACCUAGAAUUAGCGGUGGCUAUGGUUCUUUCAACCAUAACCAGACCAUCCAUCCCAGUCUCGGCAGCCUGUUGGAGGCCCCCAUUGACGGUGUGCUGGAAGAACUACGAGCCGGUGGUGAUUUCGAGGGCUUCCACAACAUGGGCCUGGACGACCACGUCUUUGAUGGCCUUUCUCAGGAAAUGAUGUUCACCAAGAUUCAGUCCAUCUCCCUGGACAACUCCAACGUGCGCUACUCGCUGUCUAAGCAGCCUGCUCGCGAACAUUGCAAAGUCUUCAUCCUGACCGCGCCCCAGUUCGCCCUUGAUGACCCCCUGCGCGGCGAGCUACUCAUUGGGAUCCAGGACUCUCUUGAUAAGAGACUCCAGCUCCUGACCAUUGAUCUCCAGCGAGGACCACGCUUUCUUGUUCCCCCGAAGCCCGGCAAAAGCUCGACGUCGUCUGAAGAUCCUGUCCGGCUAGCUUGCGGCGCACUUCGUCGGGCUCACCAUGUUGUAGAUUCGUGCAAGGUGACGGACGGCGACAUAUCGGUCAUUCUCAUUCUGUCCGAAGGGCACGAAGGCCGCAGAGAGCUAAGCAUACAGGCGCCAUGGAGUCAGAUUACCCCCAUCAACCUCCCGCCAAUGUCACUGGAGAAUAUUCGCAGCCUGCAUUAUCGCGGACGUGUCAUCGACAGAGACGUUCGCCAUCGCAAGUCGGAAGUCAUCGAGGUUGCUAAUGGCAACGUCAGCGGUCUCAAGUACUCCAAGGCUAGGGGAAUCGUCGACAUGGUUGAUGGCGAGGAUAGACACCACCAGAUCCAAAUCCAACUCCAACCUCGAAACCCGCAGGUACGCAAGGUGCUGGACGCAUGCCGUAGUAUUCUUCCAGCAUCGCACGCGGAGAAGAUAUUUCCCGGCUGGUGGCACAUCAUGAUGUGGGUGAAAAACGAAGAGUUUGAAGUUGCGGAUGCAGAAUGGUCUGCUGUGGUGAUUCUGCUCUUAUCCAUAUACCUCGCUCUCGGAAAGACAAAUCUAGCGCAAGACCCUCCGGCCAAGACUACCAGAGGCAAGAGACGGCCUCAAUCCGGCUCGUUUGGUUCAAUCCAAAGCCUUGAGGACUGGAAUACGCUGCAACUGUACGAAACUCCCAAUGCAUUAGGCUGCCCCAGUUGGCAGCAAACUAGGGCCUGGGAUUGGACCCUUGACGAAGACGCUAAUGACGACUCUGAGGGUACUGUCAACUCGGAUCCCAGGCACUCCAAGUUCAUGUCUACCCACAUCCAAUAUGCCAAAGGCUACCUAGCAUCUCAGCUUGGCAAAAAGGCCGUCGGUGCCAACGGCUAUCUGCCGACUGGGCAACAGCGCAGCGCUGAAAACCGCGGCAAUGCUGCAUGGAACAUAUUCGUCGCACUUCAUCUCCUGCUAGAGGAACAAAAGCUGGAGAUCAUGACUCCUGAAUACGCUUCCCCGGGAACAGCCCCUUUGCGCGUGGUCAUCUGCCAGAUUGCCCGCUGGCUUGGGUGGCACGAUUUCGUGGCCACAUAUGAGUUGGGAAUCCAGGAAGAGCUGGACCCCCGUUAUGACUCCGAGCUCCGCCUUGAAGUACCUCUCACUCAACCGUCUGGCGUCGAUUUUGACAUCUUCCACUGGAUCCAGACGUGUCUCGCCACCGGCCAAUACCACCCAUUCCUAACACUUGCCAACCUCUACCAUUCCCAAACAACAAAAGCUGAACAAGACCAUCUCAAGGAUUCGAGAUGGACCUCCAUCACCCCAAGGACGCUAAUGUUCAAACGUCUCUUUGAAAAGCUCACGCCGAAUAGCAGCCCAUCCAGCAUGGUUGAAGCCAUGCACUCGGCAGGCAUCAACAGCCGCGUCCUGGAGACACUUCCUGAAGCCGUGCUCGCUCCCCUGAAAGAUUCCAUAUCGAGGUGUCAAGCCCGACCGCCUGCUUCAUGGCCAAAGGACUUGUUGGAGCUCGUCAACCGUGGCGACAUCAGCAUGAUCUUGGCACCGACCAAAAACCUGCAAAAGAGCGGUGCCAACAUCCUUACACCCACGCAUAAUGCAUCCUGGGAUUACCGUACCAUCUGCCAGAGCGUUGAUGAGUACAACAACGUUGGCUACGAUGAGGGUGAAGGCACCGAGCGGCAGGCUGUCAUACGGGCCCUUUUCAAAGAGGAUCGUCGUCUCAACGAAGCUCAAAAUCUUUUAUCAACACACAGGGCCCGCGUGGUGCGCCUUGAAGCUGACCCAGCAUGGUCAGAGAGCGAGUACCUCGAGAAGCAGAAGGAGCUCGUGUCCAGAAUCGCUACCGGCACGCUGGCCAUCCCUGCGGGGCGUGCUCUUCUAUACUACAGCCUACGAUACCCACUGUUGACGCAGAAAUUCCACGUCGCCGGAUUCAAUCUCAACUGCGUCGUUCGCCCAACAAACGUCACUGUCGGAGUUGACAAGGCAUUGUUUACCGAGGAGAAGGUAUGCUGGGGCUUUUUCCAUCAGGGCGUGGCUGCUGGACUUGCUAUUUCACCGCAGGCGAAGGGCAUCGACACCUCGUGGAUCCUAUACAACAAGCCCGGCCACGAUCUGAGCAAUCGCCAUGCCGGCUUUCUGCUGGCCCUGGGUCUGAAUGGGCACCUCAAGGGCAUCGCCAAAUGGGUCGCCUUCAAAUACCUGACCCCCAAACACACCAUGACCUCUGUUGGUCUUUUGCUGGGCCUCGCCGCAUCUUACAUGGGCACCAUGGACUCUCUCAUCACCCGUCUCCUCUCGGUACACGUUACGCGCAUGCUGCCUCGAGGGGCCGCAGAGCUGAACCUAUCUCCCUUGACGCAGACGACUGGCAUCAUGGGCAUCGGCUUGCUGUACUCUAACAGCCAACACAGACGCAUGAGCGAGAUUAUGAUGUCAGAAAUCGAGCACGUUGACGAAGAAGAUGAAGAUGAACCUCUCCGCAGCGAGUGCUACCGCCUGGCCGCUGGUUUUUCGCUUGGUCUCAUAAACCUUGGCAAAGGAAAUGACCUUCGUGGACUUCACGACAUGAAGCUUACCGAAAGUCUUGUCACGAUCGCCACUGCUACGAAGAAGGUGGAGAUGGUCCAUGUGCUGGACCGAGCAGCCGCCGGCGCAGUUAUGGCGCUGGCGCUGAUGUUCAUGAAGUCCGAGGACCAUAUCGUCGCCCGCAAGAUUGACGUUCCGGAGUCCAUCGUCCAGUUCGACUACAUCCGACCUGACAUCCUGCUCUUGCGAACUGUCGCGAAGAACUUAAUUAUGUGGAACAAGAUCCAGCCGACGUUCGAAUGGAUCCUGGAGAGCCUGCCCAAGCCUUACCGCAACCGCCACAAGCUUGUCAACACAUCCAAGCUGAAGAGCACCGACCUCCCAUUCUUCAGCAUCAUCACCGGAAUCUGCUUCUCGAUCGCACUGCGUUAUGCGGGCAGCGCGUCUACGAGGGUACGAGACCUUUUGAUACACUACCUGGACCACUUUAUCCGCAUCUCUCGGAUACCCGCCACACGGCGACCGCCGCCUCACGACUAUCCCAUGUAUGACGAGGAGUUGGCUCGUUCAAACGCCCGCAUGUGCCAGGACGUUCUUGCGCUUUCUGCCGCCAUCGUUAUGGCCGGAACCGGCGAUCUUGUCGUGCUUCGUCGUCUCCGUCUGCUGCACGGCCGAGACGAUCCCGAAACUCCGUACGGCUCGCACCUGGCUGCCCAUCUGGCCAUCGGAUCGCUGUUCCUGGGGUGUGGAACGGCCACUUUUGGCACGAGCAACAUGGCCAUCGCCAGUCUGCUCAUUGCAUUUUACCCCGUGUUCCCCACGUCAGUCAUGGACAACCGAUCCCACCUCCAGGCUUUCCGUCACUUUUGGGUCCUGGCAACGGAUCCCCGCUGCCUUGUCGCCAAGGACGUUGCCACGGGCCAGCCCAUAUCGGCCACGAUUGAGAUUCGCCGGAGGAGCACAGAGGCGCAGGAUGAUGCAGAGACGGUUGCCACCGUCCGACAGACGCCCUGUCUCCUGCCUCCCCUCACCGAAAUCGCCAGCAUCCGCACCAACGCUGGCCCGGCGUUCUGGGACCUCGAGAUCGAUUUUGAGAAGAACCCUUCGCUCGUCGACGCGUUCCGGCAGAACCAGAGUCUCUACCUGCGCCGGCGUCCAGCGCAGGAGGCCCCAUUCACGUCGACGCUGCGCGCUCUCGGUCGCGACGCGCUCGCCGACGUCACCGACAACGGCAGGCGCGACCCCCUCGAGUGGGUAUUUGGUCUCGACUCCCUCCGCGACCUCACGUACGCCGAACGCGCCACCGUGCUCGACCGGACUACGUCAUCCGAGGGCGCCGGCAGCGAGAGCUCCGGGUCCGCAGUCGACGCCCGCCUCGUGCUGGAGCGCAGCAUGGACGGGUCCUCGAGGGAGCGGCUGCUCGGGCUCAAGAUGCUGUUCGAGUGGACGGAUCGGCGCGCACAGCUGGAGGGUAGCUCGUGGGCCAAGGCCAAGAAUGCCGGCGACGGCAAGGAGGGGGAGAAGAGCCAGGAAUGGUGGAUGCGGGACAGUGUCGUUGAGGAGCUCAAGGGGCGAGUAUUCAUGGCUGGGCGUGACGGCGGGCCGUAA